AUGGGAUAUCUACGAUGUGGCAGCAAACGACACCUAGUACGCAUUCUGUUGGAUGGAGGCAGUCAGGCCACACUCGUGAGAACAGGAAUCUUUCCCAGAAUGGAGGGUGAUCUUUUCCAGGAUCAAGACCUUAGCCUUGUUGGCGGCAGUAAUAUCAAGCGGAAGCUGAGAGUCCUUGAUUGUGAGAUUAAGGAUUUACAAAGGAGUUGGUCUUAUCCGUUGACAGCUACUGAGAUAGAUAAGCCAUGCGGGAAUACACCUGUCAUUUUCCCUGAGCAUCUACAGUCCUAUGACCACUUGACAGGUGUAGAAAUAGAUGUGGCCCCAUCACCAGUCAUUGAUCUGCUGCUUGGAGUGGACAAUACUCACCUUAUGGUAUGGGAACAGUACAUCAGGGGAAGCAGACCAGAUGAGCCAGUUGCGGUUAAAUGUCCUCUAGGUUGGUUUGUUCAAGGAGGCCCAUCAGCUAAUGCAGCACCACUCCUCAACUACGUCAGUGUAGCUGCUUCAGGAUCCCUGGAGGAGUUCAUUGGACUCGAGACAGCUGGUUUGGAGCCCAGGAAAUGUAAAUGCUUCUCUGAUGACGAGAAAGGAACUGAAUCCAUGCAGAAGAGUGUUACUCAACUACCAGAUGGCUCUUAUGAGGUUCGCUUACCCUGGAAGCGAUCUCCGGAAGAACUACCAGACAACUAUGACUACGCAGUUAAAAGGCAGAAAAGCCUGGAGAACCAGUUCCGAGACCGGUCUAAUGAGUGGGAGGUCUAUUGCCGGCAAAUGAGAGACCAAUUGGAAAGGGGUGUCUCCCGGCAGGUUACACAGGAUGAGUUGCAACAAGACAGGGAUGUAGGCAGAAGGAUGUGGUUUCUUCCCCACUUUGGGGUUGUUAAAGACUCAAAAACAACUCCAGUCCGGGUAGUUUACGAUGGUAAGGCGAAGUUCCAAGGGCGUUCCCUGAAUGACUGUCUCAUCAAAGAAGAGAAUGUUAACUCGAACCUUUUCGAGGUAGCCCUCCGGUUCCGUGAAAAUGAAGUGGGCAUGAUCGCAGACAUAUCCAAUAUGUUCCAGGCUAUAAAGAUUUCACCAGAGGAUGCUCGGUUCCACAGGUUCGUUUUCAGAGAGAAUCCAAACCAUCCCAUACAAGUCUUUGAGCUUACAACAGUCACUUUCGGGGAUAAACCCUCUCCAACCGCAGCAAUCAUCAGCCUCAGACAUGUGGCUCGUGAGCAUGCACCAGAUGAUGACAAGAUACAGAGAGUAAUCGUCGAGCAAUUCUAUAUGAACGACCUGAACGAGUCAGUUAGUAAUGCUGAGGAAGCUCUAGAGUUGAAGUCCAAGCUGACGGAGACAUUGAAGAAAGGAAACUUCAACUUAAGGAAGUGGCAGUCUAAUGUUAAGAAGGUCUGUGAUGAGACAGAAAACACAGACACUGCUACAGUCCUAGGUACCAGCUGGGAUCUAUCUAAGGACACACUGAGAGUGAAGAAGGUCAAACCCUCCGAGGAUACUACCCUCACCAAGCGGAAGAUUCUUGCUCAAACGGCAUCCUAUUACGAUGUUUUUGGAAUGCUUUCCGGACUGUUGGUACGCCCCAAGAUUCUUCUUCAAAGGUUGUGGCAGUUGGACCUUGACUGGGACUCCCCUCUUGACCAAGGCAGUGAGCUAUACUCCAUGAUGAGUAAGAUCAACAGAGACCUUAAUGAGAUGGACGGCAUUGAGAUCCCAAGAUGUUUGAUAUCAGAGCCUUAUAGGGGAACGAGACCCCUACCCAUAGUGUCCAUGCAUGGUGUCAGUGAUGCUUCAGAGGACGCCAUGGGUUUUGCAGUGUGGCUGAGAUGGUCACAUGCUGACAGCCAAGAAGCUCAUCUAUCCUUCGUCUGUGCCAGAUCUAGAGUGACACCUCCGAAACAGACAAGCAUGCCUCGGAAGGAGCUACAAGCUCUUCUCCUUCUAUCCAGAUGGAUGAUCACCAUCAGAGAUGCUCUACGCUUCAGCAUAGUCGGAUGGAUGUGGACAGACAGCAUGACAGCGAUUAGUUGGCUUAGAGGGCAGUCUAAGACCUUCCGAUCUUACGUCGCUCAUAGAGUCGGUGAGAUCACAUCUGAAUUUGACCCCUACAGGGAUAUCGCCUACGUUCCGUCGGAUCAAAAUACUGUUGAUCUCAUUUCCAGAGGAGGCGUUGUUACAGACAUGCAGGAGGUCAUCAAAGGCCCAAAGUACUUGAGACUACCUCCUCAUUCUUGGCCGAGGACACUAGAAAAUGUUUCUUUCAAACCGGGAGAUCCUGAACGGAAGAUGUUUCACUGUCGAAACACCAAGAUCCUCUCAGUAACUAUGAAUGCUGUGUCCAAGAAUUCCCCGAUUGUUGAUGCUACCAAGUUCUCCAGCUGGUCAAAGCUACAUAUGGUCACAGCGAGGGUGUAA